GAAGGAAUUUUACAUGACAGGUGCAACAUAGAACGGACCAACAGCUUCCAGAAGCCUUAGAAAAGACGGAGCAGUUUAAAAACGGCUCGAGGGUCAUCUCAAGGUAUCCUUAAAGAAUUCAUCACAAAAUGAGCUGUCAAAGUUGUGGGUGUCUACUUGGUAUUAUGCACCCAAAAGAAAACCAAGUAUGAUCAUGAUGCUCCACAGGCAAAUUACCUUGGGCAUGAAUGAGUUCCAGCAAACAAGACAAAUAAAAAUAGACGCCUGAAACCACAGAAAGGAGGAUUCCAUGAAAGAUGACAGAAGAGGUUAUUGUUAUAGCAAAGUGGGAUUAUACAGCUCAGCAGGACCAAGAACUAGAUAUCAAGAAAAAUGAGCGCCUUUGGCUGCUAGAUGAUUCCAAAACUUGGUGGAGGGUAAGAAAUGCAGCCAACAAAACCGGAUACGUGCCAUCAAAUUAUGUGGAACGAAAAAACAGCUUGAAGAAAGGAUCUCUCGUUAAAAAUCUGAAAGACACCCUUGGGCUUGGUAAAACAAAAAGGAAGACCAGUGCACGUGAUGCUUCACCUACACCUAGCACAGAUGCAGAAUAUCCAGCAAAUGGAAGUAGUGCAGAUCGCAUUUAUGAUCUUAACAUCCCAGCAUACGUUAAAUUUGCCUAUGUUGCAGAGAGGGAUGAUGAACUAUCACUUGUUAAAGGAACACGACUCACUGUCAUGGAAAAGUGUAGUGAUGGCUGGUGGAGAGGUUGUUACAAUGGAUUGGUAGGUUGGUUUCCAUCAAACUAUGUGGUAGAAGAAUCAGAUGAUGCAUCAACAGAUUCUCCAAGUUUUCUGUCUUCCAGACAAGGAGCAGCUAUGAGUAAUGGCCAGAGCACUAAAGUACUUCAUUUGGUUCAGACUCUGUAUCCAUUUAGCUCCGUUACUGAUGAAGAACUAAAUUUUGAGAAAGGAGAAAUAAUGGAAGUCGUAGAAAAGCCAGAAAAUGACCCAGAAUGGUGGAAAUGCAAAAAUUCCAGAGGUCAGAUUGGCCUUGUCCCAAAAAACUAUGUAGGGAUUGUAAGUGAUGGCCCUCUCAGUUCCCAUACUGCACAAGUAAGCUAUACAGGACCCUCAUCUACUGGCAGAUUUGCUGGAAAAGAGUGGUAUUACGGAAGUGUGACUAGACAUCAAGCAGAAUGUGCUCUGAAUGAGAGAGGAGCAGAGGGUGACUUCCUUGUUAGGGACAGUGAGUCAUCGCCCAGUGACUUUUCAGUGUCAUUAAAAGCAUCAGGGAAGAAUAAACAUUUCAAAGUGCAGCUCGUAGAUGGAGUCUAUUGCAUUGGUCAGCGUCGCUUUGGCACCAUGGAUGAGUUGGUGGAACACUACAAAAAAGCUCCUAUCUUUACAAGUGAACAUGGAGAAAAAUUAUACCUCGUCAAACCUCUUCAGUGACAUUGGCUACAGAGCUGGCCAGAGGCAGCCCUGUCACAGCUAGAAGCCUUAGUUUUGGACAUUCACUGUUACAGUGCAGAACCAUUUCAGACUUUAUAACUAUUUUAAACAGCAGGGCUCUUUCUGGAAGCUUCCAGUCUGUUAUUUUUGUCUUUGUGCUGUUUGUCUUUUGUUUUUUUCACUCAACUCUUCACAUCAGUUUGGAAAUGCAUCACCAAAUGACUGUCAAGCACUCACACUCACGCUAGGGCUGUAUGUUGUCCUUAUGUAUGUUUAUAUAAGUAGAAGUUAUAAAAGGAAGCGUUAUCUUCCUUUGAAAACAGUGUUAAUACAUUAAAAUUCUCAUGCUAAUGGAACUCCUUGAGUAACGAACAUUGGGCACAGUCAGAAUGCACUGAAGCUGCAACUAAUUAAAAAAAUGAUGUAGCAUAACAAUUGUGGCUGUUUAAAUUCAGUAGCUUGUUUGCUUACCAAGUAGUUAACUGCAGAAGUUCCUAGAUUUUUUUAAAAAGUACUCUUCUUACUGAACUGUAUUAAAAUAAUUAUAUGAUUUUUCUUAUGAGGAGUCCAUUACUUAAAAGCAUUGCAAAGAAGACUCUCUUAAAAGCUACUAUGGUGAGUUUGUAGUAGAGAAUAUCUAGUAUGUUAUGGUCUGUAAUUGCAUCAAGGAUGAAGAAACCUUUUUGAAAGUUAAUUAUUGGAAACUGAACAAACCAAUGCAUUGUAAAGUUUUUUUGAUAAAAAUACUGCCAAAUGUUCCAUUCACAUUCUGUUCCUUCUAUGUCCCUACUGCUAGUUUCAAUUAAACAGUUAUCUAUUUAACGCUGAAAA